AGUUGCCGGGGCGACACCGAGUAAACUCAGCAGCCCCGCGUAGCUGGAGGAGCGUGCAGAGGGAGCGGCUCCUGUGUGCUCCGCACUGGGGCAAACAGCCGAAAAUAAAAUCAAAGUGUGUGUAAUUGCUGCCGAAUUCCUCGCUGGCCAGCAAAGGAAGGCGGCUGCGAGCUGAAAAUGCUCUGUAACUUCCCUUUGGGUUGCUGUGCCUCUUUCACUUUUCUCUGCUGAAGAACCAGGUUUCUGGGCAUUGAUACAUUUAAGGACAGUAUGUCUGACAACCAGCAAAAUAAGAGGAGAAGCAAAAAAGGUUGUGGAAGUGUUGUUGCUUCUCAGGGUGCAGACAAUAUAAUGGAAGAAAUGCAUCAGCCAGACAAAGCUCUAGGAAAAACCAGCCAAAUUGCACCAACAUCCAGAGCACGGCCAGACCCACAAGUGGCAUGUUUUCCAAGUAAAAAUCAAAUAGCCAGGAGACAUCACACUUCUUCACCUUUCUUCUCAAAGAAAGAGAACAUGGGUUGUGGCUUUGACUUCAGCUUUCUGCUACAGACCUCACACCCAGAAUCCAACAUUUCAACAUCAUUCAUGGAUUUAGAUACUUGCCACAUAAUUAAAGGACAAAUGCAACAAAGGUUAAAUGUAACAGUGCUAAAAACCAGGAACAAGAUAUUUGAGUUUAAUUUGCCACCACUGACAUAUCAGCCUGUAAGAACAAUUCAUCUUGCUCCUCUAAAGGAUGAUAUUGUCAAUAAAAGCAGCAACAUCAAAAAUAUUUUAAAUAUUAUGAACUCUAUUCCUCAGCCUAUAAAACCAGUUACUAAACUUUAUCAGUAUCGGUUAGACAACUUAUUAAACAGGCAUGGUGAAAAGUCAUCAGAAUUGAUCAUGGCCACAAUUUCUGAUCAGUUCAUGCCAGUGAAGGACCUGUACUACUUCAUUAAUAACUGGGAUAAGUACCCCAACAGCAAGAAGGAAGAAAUCCCAGUCCAUUUCAAGUGGAGGGAAGAUGAUGCAGCAGCCAGCACUGAGAAGAAGAACCAGGUGAAGUUGCAGGGUUCAGUGGUUUGUGAGAACAUCGAUUUUCUGACCCAAGCCAGGUUCUGCAGUGAGAGUCAUCCCCACCUGAGCUCAGGCAAUGCUCUGCUGAACUGUGGCGUGUUUGCAGCCCAGACAACGUUCACAGUGUGCAGCAACAGCAGUGCCUCAAGGGCUGGCAAUGAGCAAAACGGAGCAGAGAGUUGCUGCAGCAUUGGUCUGGAAGAGGAAAAUGCUGCAGAGAUGAUACUGGGUUAUAAACCACAGGAAGAUGCUGAGAGUGCCAACUUUGUGCUUUACAAUCAGCAUUUAGAGUCUUCCUGUAGAAAUGAAGUGAUAGAGGCCUGCCAAGCCUUAGAAGAUAAUUCUAUAGUUGCAGUAAUUCCCAGAGUAGAAGUUGAAGAUCCCUCUGGAAGACAGUCAGAAAAUCAAGUCUGUCUCUCUGAAUCUGCAAUAGAAAAAGAAGCAAUGUCAGAGGCAACUUCAGAGGACCAAAGGGAGCUUGUAGCUGAACAAGAGCCAGCCAGGGAACCACACACUGCUGAACAACCUGCCACCAAAAAGGGUGGUGUCUGUACCCUGCCUCCUCAUGUUACUCAGAGCCUCAGUGUUCUUACUCACAAAGAAAAGGACAAAAAUAAAAUAAAGAUGAAUAGAAAUAAAUAUUCAUCAAAAUCUAAAAUUAAUAACAAUUUUAAAGUAUCUGAAGACUUAAUUGCUUCUAAUGAGGUUACCACAAAAUCAAAUGCCAAGAGUCAGAUUUUUCCAUCUUUGGAACUGACAAAAGUGAAAUCUGAGAUUUCCAUGAAGUGCCAGAAAAAACCCACUCAAGGAGGCAAAGGCCAUGUUGCUCAGAGUGCUCAGAAAAUUAAAAAGCAAAGUUGUUCCUGCAGUUGCAAAAAUUCAGCUGUCUUAAACAAACACGUUACUCCCCUUUGUCUGCCAUGUGCACCCUCUGCUUCAGAUUUUGUAGAUCUAAAAUACACUGACAUGUUCAAAAUAAUAAAUUCUGAUGGCCAAGGCCCAGGUAUUUAUGAAAUGUUUGGAACUCCUGUCUAUUCCCGCGUGCGAGACCUUGAUCAACACGAGGGCAGCUUUUAUAAAGGUGUUUAUUCUGCCCCACCAGGGAGAUGCACCUGCAGUAAAGGGGGGGAAAACAGCAGAGUUAGAAACACUCAAAACAAAACACAUUCCAAGCCAAAGAAAACCAUACAUGGUGCUAAACAAAAGCAGAAAUGUUUAAUGACAAAGGACAGAAGGACCAAGCUGAGUGACAGCAACACGGAGCAAGGCAAUGUAACAACUUCUGACCUGGUUUUUCCAACAUGCACCUCGAGUAACACAACACUGUUUCACGGAGACCUGGAUCAUCAGCUCAUAUUUUCAGAAGAGCCUUCAUGGUCGACUAAGCAAAAUGAAAUGUUUACAAAUUCAAACCUAUCAACUAUUAAAGAAAUUUCUUUGGAGCAGUCGUUAGACAGCCAGGAUAAACCCAGCCAUCAGAGAGCUGCUGCCUGCAGCCAGGAUCUUCUUCAGUUCAGUGAUAGAGACUGCAAAGAAUGUGGCAGUCUGGUAACAGCAGAGCAGAACAUCUGUGUGCCCCAGUGCAGGGGGGAUAUGGAUGGUGCCAAAGGCCUGGACAAUAAAUGUCAAUUGCCCUUUUCAGACAGACUGGAAUGUCAGUCCCCUACAAAAAUAUUAGAUCACAGUUGGGCAAAUGAAUUGACUCAACCUUCAGUGAUUUGGACAAAAAAUGCCAAAAGCCCCAGUUUCCAGACAAGUCAAAACACUUCCUGGUCAGAUCCUAAGGGUGUGACUGAUGACUUGCUUUGUUGUCUAGCCAAAGAAUUGCUAAUGCUUGAAGAAAAAGACACCAGCUCUUCAAGAACAAAAAAUACGUGUUCUAAAAUACAAAACACACAGAGUGAAGAAGAGGAAAGUAUGAUGAAUGGAGAUGGAGCAAUAAUAAAUAGUGCUCUAGAGAAGCAGAGUUACAGUAAAGCCUUUUUGGCUUCAAAUGAAGAAAAUGGCCUUCUAAACCUUGAUGAAUCUACUAAAUUACCAGGAAGCAGUUUAGCUACCAAAGAUCCUAUCACGUGGACAAGAGGAGAAGUCCUUGGAAAGGGAGCCUAUGGCACGGUGUACUGCGGUCUGACAAGCCAGGGACAGCUAAUAGCUGUAAAACAGGUGGUUUUGGAUACACCAGAUCAACUCACUACAGAAAAGGAGUAUCAGAAGUUCCACGAGGAAGUUGAUCUUUUGAAGACAUUGAAGCACGUAAAUAUUGUAACUUAUUUAGGAACUUGCCUGGAAGACAACAUUUUAAGCAUAUUCAUGGAGUUUGUUCCCGGUGGUUCCAUUUCCAGCGUUCUCAAUCGCUUUGGUCCCUUGCCAGAAGUUGUCCUGUGCAAAUACACCAAGCAAAUCCUACAAGGGGUUGCCUAUUUACACGACAACUGUGUGGUGCACAGAGACAUCAAGGGCAGCAACGUGCUGCUCAUGCCCACCGGGGUGAUCAAGCUGAUCGACUUUGGCUGUGCGCGGCGCCUGGCGCGGGCCGGCCUCGGCGGCACCCGCGGCGAGCUGCUCAGGUCUGUGCACGGCACUCCCUACUGGAUGGCCCCGGAGGUGAUCAGCGAGUGCGGCUACGGCAGCAAAUCCGACAUCUGGAGCCUUGGCUGCACCGUGUUCGAGAUGGCCACGGGCAAACCCCCCCUGGCUUCCAUGGACAGGGUGGCGGCCAUGUUCUACAUCGGGGCGCACAGGGGGCUGAUGCCGGCCCUGCCCCAGCGCUUCUCCAGCGCUGCCGCCGAGUUUGUGCACGCCUGCUUAACCAGGCAUACAUAUUCAUUUUGUAUACUGAUUUGUGAAACCUUCAAUGCAGAGAUCAACACGAACGGCCUUCUGCUCUGCAGUUGCUGGACCAUCCCUUUGUGAAAGGAAGACAGUGAGUUUUUCCAAAUCCUUGCCAGAAGAGCAUAUAUUUUCCAUGGAAAAGAUUUUCACUUGUGAAAAAAGCCCAGAAGGAGCUGGACUUCACCGUGACAGUAGAAAUACUGGAGAGCAGUUGUGUUCAGGAGUCUGUUAUUAGGCAGCAGUGAGUAAAUACCUGUUCUGCAAUGCCUGCCCUUCCCUGUGAACACAAGGCCACGUUGUGUUGUAUUUGGAGAGACUUAGAGGGAAAAUAAAGUCACCAUCACUGGCAUGCGACAGGCCAGGUAAGCUGCAGUGUCUGUAAAAUCCUAUGGAACACAAGCUGUGGGCAGAGAGCUCUGCAGGUAACUCCAGCUGGAGAUGAGUAAUGAGUAUGACGAUCCCACAGGAACCUCUGACCAUCACUGGAGUAAAAUGUACUGAGGCUUUAUUCAGUCAGGCGGGCCCUUUGGUUUAACUGGAUGGGCACUUCAGUUUUUAGCUGGUGAGUUUUUUAUGUACAGAUCAGCCCUGUGUUCCUGAGGCCCUGUAUCUCCAAAAGAUAUGUGGGAUUAAUCGCAAGAGAUAAUGAUCUGAACCAUGGGACUGCCUGUUUUCAAUGAAAGUGUGUUUUAUGGGCACUUGCAGGUCUCAGAAGGGAGAGGCUGGAAGGGGCUCUGGAGGUGCUCUGCUCCAGCCCCACUGCUCCGAGCGGGGCUGACUGAAGCAGAUUGCUCAAGCCCUUGUCCCAUUGACUCCAGGCAACAUGCUCCAGUCUUUAACCCCCCACAUGGCAGGAGUGAUUUUAUGUUUGAAGGCUGUUUUAUAGGUCAAACUGUCCCGUUGUCCCUUGUCCUGUCACUGCUGGCACUGCAGAGUCUGGCUCUGUCUUACUGUCCCCAUGGGGUGCUGAUGCUCACUGCAUCCUUUCUCUGACCACUUGUGUGAGCACUGUCUGUGACUGGUGACAUGGACAGAGCCCCUCUGCACUCUGGUGGUCUUCACACUUAGCAGAACUAGCUACUGCUAACUGCAUGAAAUGAAAUAAAAUCUAAAAAGCAUUAUUAAGUAUUAAUAAAGCAAAAAAAGCAGGUAUUAAUAUUUAGAAUGUCCUUUUGUUGACAAGUCUUCCUAUCAAAAAGGGGUAAAUCCUUAGCCUUUGUGAGCACACAGGCUCCAGGAAGAAAGGCAGUAAAAGUCAGCCCUACAUCUGUAGGAAGCUGAGCUCUCAAGAAUCCCAGAGCCUGAUUUCAGUGCCAGCAGUAACAUGAACAUUUGCAUUUUACAAAUGGGAAAGAAUGAAGUUCUAAGUUUUAUAUAAAACCAACUUUCCUCUGAGUGCUAAACAUCUUAGUUACUUAAAUAGCUUUCAAGCUUUAUUUUACUCCAAUAGCCCGACUUCAGAGAGUUAAGUCUAAAUUUUAUAAAAGCAAAGAGAAAUCAGUACUUCUAGCAAAAUUCUUUAUUAAUAGUUUCUGUAGGUAUAAUGUCACAUAACAAUGACAGAACAUUAUGCCAGUAUAAGAGAAAUCCUAACAUCACAGUAAUCUUCUAAGUUCAAGCAGUUAACAGUCCUUUUUUGAGGAAUAUCAGUUGGUGCUCAUGCCAGACAUCCAUGGCAACGUCAUGUUAAAGGAUCUUCAUGUUAAAGGACCUUGCAGAGUAAAGGCAGGAGCCUGGGCAUGUGAGCUCUAGUGGGAUGUACAUAAUUCCAUGGGUGUACUAAUUCUUCUCAAAUUAAGGUAGAGUCUUCAACAAAGCUGCAAAGUAAAUAUGAGGGUUUAUUUAGCAUGAAAUGAAACUGAGAUGAGAGUCAUAAGCAAGGAAAGAAUGGGAAUGCUCUAGAGUAUAUAAUCAACUAAAAAAAGGUCAGCAUUACAAACCCCCCUUCUUAUGCACAUCUUAUAAGCAAAACUAACAUCUCUUGUUAGAGUUCUCCAAUAUUAAGGUUACCAGUUACUUGCAAUUUGUCAUGUUUAAUCCAGUUAAUUGCACUGAAAGUAGUCAUUAGAGGUUUGUAAAACUUGAACCUGAGUUUUUAAUCAAAGUGUGAAAGCACAUUUUUGCUUUUGUUUAACCAGACUUGAAGAAACUUGAGGUGGCAGUUUAAGGCCAGCCCUUGCACCAAAGGUGUUUCAGUUUAACCAGAGCUGUGCUUGCAGCAGAGCCCAGGGCCCAGCACAGCUAAACCAAGCCCUGUGUUAGUCUGGGGAGCCCGGGGAGGCUUGGCUGAGCUGCUCUGGUGGAGCAGUCUAGAAACAAGUCUAACUUUGUAUCCAGGUGCCUAAUUGCAGUUAUCCAGUGUAACAAGGGGAAAGGGUGUGAAAUCCUGAACACCGAUUUAUUCAGGAGACUCUGGGUGACCCAGUGAGGGUCACGCUUUGCUUCCUUAUUUAGUGUUGGAGCAGGGCAAGCCUUGCUGGUUUAAGAAUACAGCCUUCCUUUCUGGAACCAGUAAGGACCCAUUACAGUGCAUGCAGCCUGCCAAACACUUGCUGUGACUGCAGUUUUCCUCAAGAUUUGGAGCUUAAAUCUCAGCAGCUGAAGAUACAGCCCUGUGCUGUGAGGAUUGGAGGGGUAUACAGGUUCUCUCACAUGGUAACGGGAGCCAUGGCUCACGUCUCAGAAAGGAGGGGCAUAGGCAGGCCAACCCAGCUAUGUUACACUGCCCUUGGAACUACUACCAGCAGUAGGAUGUAAAAAUUUGCAUCUAAAAAUACGUCUACAUCUCUUUCCAAGGAAGCAGAGCCUGGUCCCCAAAACCACAAGUCUCUUGAGAUUAUCUGGGCUCAGAUUUAGUGCUGCUCUACAAAGCUCAGCAGGAACCGAUGCCAUUUCCACAGCACUCCUAUCAAACCUCUGGCUCUUGCACAGGCAAAGAAGCAGAGUUCUCCCAAGGGAGGCCCCCAGGACACUCCAGUGCCUUUUCUCCCCUAUCGUCCCCUUCCCACAGGGACCUGCACCACGGGACAGCUCAGGAAUUCUAGAGGUGUUGUCAAAGAACACAAUGUCUGAACUAUGGCAACUCCAAUGCUGCUGUUCUAUGUGCAGGAAUACAGGGGAAUCAAACUCAAGCACUGAGUUUCAAGGUCAUAAAUUUAGUUUGGAUUUGUUAUAUCCACUUCAGAAGCCAGAGAAACAGUCAUUCCCAGUAGCAAUGGGAGAGAAGACUCCUGGCACUGAUGACCUCUUUAAGGUGCAAGGAGUUAAGUCUUUCAGAGAAAGGAGGAAUUAACUAGCUAGUUCAGUCUGGCAGAACUUCCAAGGCUCAAGACAUUAGUUUUUAGAACUGAUUCUGCUUAUGUGCAUUUACAUCAAAUUAAAGAAAGCAAACAAAGUAUUUGUCCAAUCACCUUCCUUGCAAAACAAGGACUGGGACCCUUCCCCGUAAGGUCUUAGAAAGAAUGUGUGGUGCAGCACUGUCACCCACCCCCUCACUGCUGCAAAGAAAAAUAAUAAUAAUAAUAAAACCCCCUCCACCAUCACACCUGGCCAGGCACUCCACACUGUUACUGCUGUGCACAGGCUCUGCCCCCGAGGGAGGGAGGAGGAGCAGAUUAAGAUGGCACCAAAUGUCUAGAGUUUGCUUUGCAGGUACCAAAUACCUGAUCAAUGCCAUGGAAUAAAGAAAACAAGUAAGUUUGCAGGCUUUCCAGCAUUUCAUUAUUUGAGUGAUUUGAUGACAACUAGCAAUGUUUUGCCAGUAACUGAAAGGGGAUUUUAGUGUUUACUAAUGAAGUUGGAAAAAUUAAACAUAGGAAAAUGGGAUCAUUUCUGCACAAUAGAGGUGAGGUAGGGAAUUUUAUUGAAAAUACUUUUUUUUUUACAAGUUCUUAGAAAUAAACUUUUUUCUAAUCUCACACAAACAGCUGUACCUCAAAAAAUUCAACUAAGCUAUUAUGAAACAUUUAUAUUUACAGUUGCCAAAAGAAUAUACAGAACUGCCAUGUUAUGCAAAUAGCCAAGUACCAGCUCACAGUGAGAUACAUCACCCCAGCAUUCCCACCAUCAGGAAGGUUCCACAUGUGAAAGAAUCUCACUAUUCUACAAACCUCGUCUCACAGAAAGGAAAGAUUUUUAAUAGUGUUGUAGCAAGGUCUCCACUACAGCAUCAUUUUACAAAUUACAUAAUCCAUGUACUCAAAUUCAUAACAUAAAAUCUGUAGUAAGUGAUGAGCAAAGUAAUAGUGUUGACUAUGAGCCUUUUAUUGCAUUUAUUCAGUCAUUCACGUGAGGCUGAUGCCGAUCCCAAUAGUUUUCAGUCAUUUCCAACACCUCAGCCAGGCUGCAAUUCACACCAUUCACUAAUUUCCAGUGGGUUUCAGUCAGCAAAAACUAGUGGCACCUGAUUGCAUCCCCUCUCCCUCCCUCUCAGUCCUAGGAUGACCACGUGGAAUUCAGACACAAACACACGGAGAGUUUUACCUAUUUACAAUUACACUGAAACCCAAACCCCAUGAGUUUUAUGGACAUCCUUUACAGAGGAACCAAAACCCACUGUUUGGAUCUCAAUGUAACAUAGCAACAUUUUGUCCACCGUAUUUCACAAUUUCCCAGAAUCAAAACAGGUAAUAGUUUGUUUUUUUUGUAACAGCACCAUAGGAGGAAGGCCUAUGCUCUUUUCCAAGGUAUAUAGACAGGCACUAGUUACCAUCUAGACAUUUUAACUCCAGGUUGUGACAGCAACUGCUAUAUUUACAGUACAAUAUAUUGCUUAUCCAGAGUGGCUGUAUAAGAUGCAUUUCCUGGCACAAUUAUUUAAACAGACACAAAAA